AUGGGAAACACAUUAAAAAAAAUUCUAGAUCUCGAAUUGGAGAAUCAAAAUCUUUGCGUUCAUCCGUUAUGCAUCGACUGUAUAACAAUAUACAUCUCCGUCAAGCUUGUUGACAAUGUUGUCGAAAUUCCUUGUCCGUUUCCUAAUUGUAAGCACUUUUUGGACCCAAUUAGUUGCCGGAAUAUUCUGGAUUCCGAUCUGUUUGAUAAAUGGUCUGAAAAGUUGUGUGAGUACUCCGUUUUAGGAUUGACGCGGUGUUACUGCCCUAAUCGAAACUGCUCUGCUUUAAUUUUGGAUGAAUGCGGUGGCGUUGCGACGCGAUCAAAGUGCCCAAGUUGCAAGAGAUUAUUUUGCUUCCAGUGCAAGCUUCCAUGGCAUGCUGGAUUUCAGUGCGAGGAGAGUGGGGCAUUGAGGGAUAAAAACGACGUCGCUUUUGGUAAACUUGCUGAGGGUGAAAAAUGGCAGAGGUGUCCUAAGUGUCACUCUUUUGUUCAACUUAGUGAAGGUUGCCGUCAUAUCACUUGCAGGUGUCAAGCCAAUUUUUGUUACAACUGCGGAAUGCUAUUCGAUAGAUCCCAUGGCUUGUGUGCUUGUGAUUCUCAGUCAAUUACCUUCAAUCGUAUUAUUGACUUGCGAUUUGGUAACUGGAGAUUUUUGUUCUGACUGAUUUUGGGCCAAUUUUGUAAUUGUA